GGCACUGGAGUUUGCCCCCGGUUCAGAUGUCAACACUCAUCACCACAAUUCGAAGUGAAAAUGUGAUGAGCUUUUAUUUCCUUAUGUUACACGAUCACUGGACUUUAUUAAUUUAUUUUAAAUAUAGAAAAUCUCAAGAAAGAGAUUCGGAGGGCCUAAUUAAUUGAUAAAAGCAUAAAAAAUUAUGAAUGGAGGUUAGAAUGAGUACAAUCUCCACACAAAACUCGAUUAAACCCCAAUUUUUCCGGUUUUUUGAGUGAAAAUUAAUGAAUACUCCAAAAAAAUGCAAAACGAAAAAUUUUCUGUUAAAUAUGUGCCAGUGAAAAAUUGUUUCGUGAUUUUACCGAGUGCCUGGUACCACAGACUAUCGUCUCAGAUUGCCCAGGGGGUGAUAAAACUGUCAUACGAGGAGAAAGACUUUUACCUCUCUGCAUCCCAAUCUCAAUCGAGUCCGACUGAUUUUCUGUGCAUAAGUGCAACAUUUGGGAAAUAUUUGAAUAUAAAAGAAGGUGCAGAAGUUAAUGUUUCUUAUAUUCCUGAUCCCCCUGCACUCACAACAAUCACUGUACGACCUUUCAACUCUGAAGACUGGCAGAUUGUGAACCUACAAGUCGAAAAAAUUCAAUCAACUCUACUCCAUCAAAUAAAUAUCGCAUCUCCAAACCAACCAAUCGUCAUCUGGCUCUCGAAAUACCUGAAUGUCGCUCUGUUAAUUGAGUCAAUCUCCCCCCCAUUUCUGUACGGAAAACUCGAGAAUUACACGGAAGUUCACGUUCAGGAUGCAACGGAGGAUAAAACUCCUGGUGAUGCUAUUCCAAAAGAAAUUACGACGCAUUCACGUUACAGAGAAAACGAGUCAGAUUGCGAGGUUUUUCUGAAGAGCUGGAGGCACCAGGACCUCCCGAAGAUAUUCCGUGUUUGUCUGGUCUCGGUUGAGAAAAAAUACAGAAUUAAUGAGGGAGUUCUAGAGACUCAAAUAACAUCUCCUCACAAUAUUUUCGUAUGCUCCAACCAAUUGAGAGAAUUUUUUCCUGAUAGGGAUAAUUUUUCGAUGGUCUAUGGGAGAAUUGAGAAGAUCUUCCAAGAUAAACAAAGCACCAAUUUAAUUUUUACUCCCAAUGAUCAAAGAAUUAAUAGAGAUCCAGAGAUCAUCGUGAGUCUCUCACGAGUCGAAGAAUUGUUUAACAAACAAUUCAUUGGAACAAAUGUUGAUGAGAAGAAUAUCUGGAUCUCAGAGGAUUUAGCGAGAGAUUCAAAUCUGCGAUUGGGUUCAAAAAUUCACAUCAAGCCCCUAAAUAUCACAGAUAACACAAUAACGUCUCUACAACUGCUCUGCCCUCCGAAUUUCGAUAGAGAAACCGGAGAAAAUCAAUUUAAAAAUUACGUACGUGUGAAUUCUAUCAAAAAUGACUUGGUAAUAUCCCAAAACAUGAGAGUUUCAUUAGAAAAGGGAAAAUGCAGAGUGAAACUUCACCCAGAAGACGUUCCCCACGUUCUUCUGAACGAGGAAACACUGAAGGCGAUAAAAAUCGAGAUAAUUGAGGAGGGGAACCUCGAAGAGGCCCAAGAAAUUCCCCAAGUCAACGAUUUCAGAAGCGAAGAUGUUUACGUCUCUCCAUUAACAAAAAUUCUAGAGGACUCAGUGCAAGUCCUGCAAAUGGGCCUGAGCCCCCAAAGAUACCCCUUCCCCCUCGAGAAUAUAUUAAUUUGUGGGGAUAUUGGAACAGGCAAAACGACUUUUCUAAAUUUCCUCCAGCACAAGCUUCGGAGCCCCCCGAACUUCAUGCACACGAUUAUCGUCGACUGCAAAAAAUUGAAGGGUAAAAAAGUGGACGCAGUCUCAAAAUUUUUCACCUCUACGAUACACGACUGCGUGUACUACCAGCCCUCAGUACUCUUCCUUGAUAAUUUAGAGAGUAUUACGAGUUUUCCUAGUGACGAAGAGAAUUCCCCGGAUGCCACGAAUGCCACGAGGAUCUCAGAAUAUUUAAACAGUCUCCUAACGAUUUAUCAGUCCAGCCACUUAAUUUCUGUGGUUGCAUCAACCACUAGAGUAGAUAAAUUGGGGGUUGGGCUGAGGCCUGCACGAGGGGUUCACGUUUUUCAAACGAUUUUAAAUAUUCCUUUACUCUCACGAGAGGAGAGAGCAGAAUUUUUAGAGUUCAAUUUACAAAGGAAAGUGGAAAUUUCGAGUGAAAUAAAUUUUGAGUUUUACUCUGGGAAAACCGAAGGGUGGGUGUUCCAGGAUCUUUCAGAACUUUGUGAGAAAUCGGUAUUUCUUACUUGGAAGCGUCGAAGAAGGUCUCCAGUCCUGGAGGAUGAGGAUUUGUCCAGGGCUCUCGAUGUGAUCAAGCCUUUGUCCCUGUAUGGGGUGUCUCUGUUCACUGGAGAUGGAAACAACUGGGGAGACAUCGGGGGUCUCGAGGAAGUCAAGGAGUCCCUCAGGCAGCUGUUGCAGUGGCCCCUGAUGUACCCAGGGCUGUUCCAGAAGGCACCUGUAAAACACCAAAAUGGAAUUUUAUUGUAUGGAAUGCCAGGAACUGGAAAAACAAUGCUAGCUGGUGCCAUUGCCAAGGAAUGUGGAUUGAAAUUCAUUAAUAUCAAGGGACCAGAGUUGCUGUCCAAGUACAUUGGAGCUAGUGAAGAGGCUGUGAGGAGUGUCUUCGAGAAGGCCCAGAGGAUCAGGCCCUGCAUUAUAUUUUUUGAUGAAUUCGAAAGUUUAGCCCCGAGACGCGGACACGACUCCACUGGUGUAACAGAUCGUGUGGUAAAUCAACUUCUGACCCAAUUCGACGGUGUCGAGGGUCGAGAAGGAGUUGCUAUUGUAGCAGCCUCAUCGAGGCCCGAUCUGCUGGAUCCGGCAUUACUGAGACCCGGUCGCCUUGAUAAAUCGUUACUCUGUCCACUUCCGGAUGAGCAAACAAGGGCGACAAUCCUUGAUACCCUGUGUAAACGUCACGCCAUCGACGUGAAAGAUCUUGACCUCCUGACACUAGCGAGAAUGACAAGUGGAUUUACUGGGGCUGAUCUCAUGGCUAUUCUAACCCAGGCUCGGUUAGAUGCUGUGGAGGAGCACUUGAAAAAAUCAACUGAGUUGCAGGGGGUGAGGAUCACCCAGGACAUGCUGAUUCGAUCAAUCCAGGACACUCAGCCCUCCCUGACCCUCGAGGAGAUUAACAAAUUCACCCGGAUAUACAAUCGAUUCCUCACAGGAGACAAUGCCCCAGAGGAUCUCGAAAAAAUCCAGAAAGCCACUCUAGCUUAGACUAUAUCAACGAAUUUGUACUUGGGGAUAAUAAACUUGUUUAUAAAAAAUAUAAAUAUGAUAACCGGGUAGACGAAGGGAGGUGACAGAAACCUCAUCAGACAUCCUGACGAUUAAUGUCCCGAGAUAAAGUGGUUCGUUCUCACCUCGUUUU